AUGGACGAUAAAACAUUUGCCGCCGUUGUGAAGGAUAUUGAUGAUCAUCAAAAGAAAUACAUUGAACGCUUGCGUGACGCGGUGGCAAUACCGAGUGUUUCGGGUGAACCGGAGCAUCGAAAAGAUGUGGUGCGCAUGAUGGAAUAUGCUAAGAAACAUCUUGAAUCAUUCGGUACAAAGGUGGAGUUGUUCGAACCUGGAAUGCAAACACUGCCAAAUGGUAAAACAAUCAAACUUCCACCGAUAUUAUUUGGUGUGCUUGGGAAAGACGAAUCGAAGAAGACAUUACUCAUUUAUGGACAUUUGGAUGUGCAACCAGCACACAAAGAGGACGGCUGGAACACCGAGCCAUUCCAUCUUACGGAAAAGGAUGGGAAACUGUAUGGACGUGGCGCAAGCGACGAUAAAGGACCUGUAAUGUCGUGGAUUAACGCUCUUGAGUCGUUACACAGAAAAAAAGUUCCACUACCGAUCAACAUUAAGUUCUGCCUGGAAGGUAUGGAGGAGAGUGGAUCAAAAGGUCUUGAAGAGGCAUUGACUGCUCGGAAAAACACUUGGUUAUCUGAUGUUGACUUCACUUGCAUUUGCGAUACUACUCGACUUGGUAACAAACCGAAUCUUCAAUAUGGCAUCAGAGGAAUGUGCUAUUAUUACGUGGAAGUGUCCUCUGCAAAACAGGAUCUUCAUUCUGGCGAUUUUGGUGGCGUAAUAUAUGAACCAAUGAGGGAUUUGAUUUGGUUGCUUUCACAAUUAUCGGACGUAAAGGGCAAAAUACAAAUCGAGGGAUUGGAUGAAAUGGUCAGACCGGUGACCGAUGAAGAACUCAAAUUAUAUGAUAAUAUCGAUUUCGAUGUGGAAGCGUUCAAGAAGUUCAUCGCUGUGCCCGGACUAACGGCUGAAACGAAGCAAGAAAUCCUCAUGAACAGAUGGAGAUAUCCGUCGCUUUCUGUCCAUGGUAUCGAGGGAGCAUUCAGCGGCGCAGGCCCGAAAACAGUGAUCCCGUCGAAAGUGAUCGGUAAAUUCAGUCUCCGUAUAGUGCCGGAUAUGGAUCCGAAAAAGGUGGACAGUCUUGUUGUCGCGCAUCUCGAUAAACUUUGGAAGACAAGAGGAUCGCCAAAUCAUUACAGGACCAUAAUAAGUCACAAUGGAAAGCCAUGGAUUACGGAUUAUCAUCAGCCACUUUAUGAGACGGCAGCAAAAGCAAUCAAGAGAGUUUAUAACGUCGAACCAGAUUAUACACGAGAAGCAGGCAGCAUACCAAUAACGAUAACCUUCGAAGAGUUAACCGGAAAGAAUGUUAUUUUGCUACCUUUCGGUGGUUUCGAUGAUAUGGCACACUCGCAGAAUGAGAAGAUGAACAUCGAAAUUUACAUGAAUGGAUGCAAAAUGAUGGCUGCUUUUCUUACUGGUCUCGGUUCUGUUUAA